AGUUACCAUUUAAAACCAUAUGUAUGCUGUGAUGUAGAAGUAUCUCAGCAACUCCAUCCUCUGUGUUUCAAAUGCCACAGCACCAAAUUUGGAUAAAUGCUGACUUCUGAGGGCACCUGAUAUACCAACACUACUUAACAGUGCCUCUCAGAUGCAGGUCAUUACAUUAAUUACCAGCUCAUCUGUUAUAACUGAUCAUUUUGUUCUCCCUGAUUUUUUAAUAAGCAAUUUUGCCAACAUGUUUACUGGAAAGAUUACAACAUCUUCCUGUGCUGAGAAAACCCAAAGGGCCCAUUUAUCCUGCUGAACCAUAUUCUUGUUUAAACAGAGGGUCACACUGUAGCCAAGGGACUGCUGUUUCCCCCAGAAGACAGGUCUGAGAUUUGGCUUCACACAGCAGCAUGUCUGUGGGAGAGAAACUCCUUUCUUUGAGUCUACUGAAGUCAGCCCAAGCAAACGGAACACAAGCAGCACAGAUGCACCAAGAAAUGACAGUCAGAGUUGCUGUGAUUUAAUAACUGUAGAUGUGGGAAGAGGAGGCUGAGCAUCCUGGUUCUAUUUGCUGUGCACGCCGUGAGUUGAUGUGGAUUUAACCAAGAAAGGGCUAGGAACCUAAACAGCGUAAGAAAAGCAAACUGAACUGAGGCAAAGAAUGCUUUGUCCCACCUUCGAUUCAGCCCUCAGGUGAUCAGGCUCUGCAUGCUUUUAAUUUGACUGGCCGGGGAUAUUUGAGAAAACGUUCUAAGAACAAACGUGGCUGAAUAUCGAGCGUGACACAGAGUGUCACAAACGCUUAAAGCUUCAGGUCCUUCAGCCAACGGAGGGAGAUGUGAGGGGAACGAAUGUUUUCCAUCGGACCCGGGACGCGAGAACGUCCUUGCCCCGAGACCGGGCGUCCUGUUGGGGCGAAGGGGGUGAGAAGGGCCGGGGCUGCGCCUGCCAGCGGGAGAGGAACGGCGAGAGCGGAGCGUGUGCGGCUGCGGCGCGGGGAGGCGGGCGGCGGGCGGGCAGGAGGCUGGUGCGAGCUGUUUGGCCACCGGAGCCAAUCGAAAGCUGGGGCUUGAUCCUCUUCUCGGGCAGCGGCUGAGACGAGUCAGUGCCGAGCUCCCCUCUGCAGCCGGGACGCGGUCGAGCCGCCUCGCUCUCUCCCGGUACCGCGCUCUCCCACCGGGCGCAUAUGGGCAUCUGCAGCGAGAGAGGGCUUCGCACCACCGCCAGCGGGCGAGGACCACGACCCCGCUCAACCCCGCCUUUGGACCUAUAGCCGGCAGGACGGAGCGCGCUGCGGACCUUUCCUCGCCUCACCGCAGGAUGAUUUGGAAAUUUGCCGUGUCCGUCUUUUUGAUGGCAGCACUGGCUAGAGUAGCAGACAGCAGGAAGAACCGCCCGGCGGGAGCAAUCCCGUCCCCCUACAAGGACAGCAGCAGCAACAACUCGGAGCGGAGGCAGCAGCUGAACAAGGAGGUGCUGGCCUCCAGCCAGGAGGCCCUCGUGGUCACUGAGCGGAAGUAUCUCAAGAGCGACUGGUGCAAGACGCAACCCUUGCGGCAGACUGUCAGUGAGGAAGGCUGCAUAAGCCGCACCAUUAUCAACCGCUUCUGCUAUGGGCAGUGCAACUCCUUCUACAUACCACGGCAUGUGAAGAAGGAGGAGGAGUCCUUCCAGUCCUGCGCUUUCUGCAAGCCACACAAGGUGACCUCCUCGACUGUGCAGCUGGAGUGCCCCGAGCUGGACCCACCAUUCCGACUCAAGAAAAUUCAGAAGGUGAAGCAGUGCCGGUGCAUGUCUGUGAAUCUGAACAACUCGGGCAAGAUGUGAGAACAGUCGUGUGGCUGCUGCUUGCUGUUGUCCUGUUGUCCCCAUCAAACUUCCCUCUGCAUCUCCUCUCCAUUGGGCAGAGUGCCUGUUUUCUUGGUUUGUUUGUUUUUUUCCCUGUUUGUUUUUAUUUCGGGAGGCAUCUCUCCAGCAAGGAAAGGCUCCUUGUCACGUACCUACUGGAAUAAAGCUUUAUAAUGGACUGUGUUAUGCACUUCACCAUCAGGUUCAUUUUAUGUCCGGUAUCAUCUGACAGUUGAAUCUUACAGGGCUGAGCAGGCUCCUGAAGUUGAGACUGUGCAUCUAAGUGACCAGUUGGCUGAAUGCAGCAUUAAAUGUUUCCACUGUGUGGAGUAAAGCUGUCUGCCCUACACUCCAGCUCCCUCCACCAGAUGAGACGUCUUCUCGCUAAGCUGUUCUGGAGCUUGAUGCUGUCACCACGAUAUGCUGGGUUCUGCCCAAAUCUGGGUGAGACGGACUAGGGAGAACUACAAAGAGUAACAUACAAAAAGAGACUCUCUGAUGAGGCUCAGCUUCUUGAGACACCUCUCAUUGUGCAAUGAUAAACUGUUCCAAGCUUGUGGUUUGAACUGCAGAUAAGAGCUGAAGGGGAGAGGGUGAAACGUCAGGUCAGCUGCUGUGAUCACAUCAGCAGACUGAAGAAGGAUUCUUAAGCUGUGGUGGCUGGAAUAUACAGAACAUGUGGUCUCUGCAGCAGUGUUUGUUUUGUAACUUAGCUAUAGUAAACAGCUGCUUAAAGUAUUAUAGACCUAGCCAUGUAUAUUUUUCUUGUGACAGAAUAUGUCGGAGAUUAAAAUGUGGUGAGUAAGAGACUUGGUUGCUAGGUCAGCUGCCUGGCUUAAAAUGGAUGCAUUUUAACUGGGCUUUUGGUACGUUAAUGUGUUAGAUUUAUGCCUGUUUCUUACUCCAAGAAGGACAACAUCCAUUUAUUACCUUAUAUUUAUGCCUGCACAGACUGGAGAAGGUGGAAGGUAAUUGGAGAGGAGCUGAGAACACUAGUAGCGUUUCACUUAAGGUAUAAAAGCAUUGUCAAACAAAGAACAAAAUUUGGCCAUUGCUGGACCAAAUGCAAAAGCUGCCUUAUUGUUUAGUGUCAUCAGGUACUGGAAGUGAAAUCUCUCCCAUGAUUGGAAACCAGGAGAAAGUGUUGAUGUUAAAGGACAAACCCAUCACUCAGUGCUGUGGGAAUGGGUCACAGUUGUGCAAGCAGGGAGAAAGUCAGUGCUAAUCACUGGUGGCCCAUCGAGUGUUUCGGUUCUACAUAAUCCACGGUGGUGAACACUUUGCAGUUCAUGCUGAUCAUACUGUGUUGUUAUUCGCUUGGUGGAGUUUAGCAUGUUCUGUGUAUCCUGUUUGUUCCAGUUCUGAUCUGUAUUAGUACCGGCUGCAUUAAGAUCAUAAGAUGUCUAAAAAGAAAUCAGCCCCUUCCCCCAGAUUGAAGCCCAUGCAUGCUCAGUCAUCUGAAGCUUACUAAUUAACAAUGACAAGUCGACUCCCUGAUGCAUGUCUUAGGGUUCAGGAUCUGCAUCUGCUGAUAACAGCUUGCUGCAGGAACCCUUUCCUUCCAGAUUGCUUAUGUACAGCCACUUCAAGGGGUUAAUGUGUUUAGGACUCUGGCCAGCCAAGAGUUCAGUGCCACAUUAUGUGAGACUGGCUGCUCUAAGAGGCUUUUGGGACUGAGCUCCACAAGAGCUUACCAAGCAGUUUAUGGGGAUUGGCACGGGCAGGAUGAGGUUGGUCAGGUGUGUUAGCCCUAUUACGUGAGCAGUUAUGUGUUUUCUUCUGUGAUUUUUCAGAAACACAGAGUGAGACCCCUCACAGUUGUUUUUCAGAAGCUGGCAUUGCUACACUAACAGCAUCAUGCCAACCCCUAAAUGGGCAGUGUUCAUUCCAGGCUUGAUAUUGUUAAUGUGAGUGGGGGGCAAAGUGAAGAAAACGAAUCCAUUGUGACUCCAGUGAUCUCAGACUCCACUUGGAAGAAACAAACCGAAAGUCAGUCAUUUUGGAUGAGAGAGUGAAAAAAGCACCAUGGUAACUUCAGUUAGGAAUAAUGUGCAAGAAUCUUUAUCUUUAAGCUAUGCCCUGCCUGGGGUUUUCAUCAGUUUGCAAUAUGACUAUGCUGCAGCUUAAAGUUCCUUCUAGGAGCUGUGUUUAUGUAAAAACUGAGUUGAGCUUGUAAUGGUUAAAACUGUAUUUAAUUCUUGUUUUAUAAAUGAAAACAAAUAAUGAAGAAAUGUUUAAGUAUAAUGUAAUUAUUUUAUAGGUCUACUAUUAAAUUAUAGAUUAAAUAAUAAAGCUACUCUAGGGUUAUACGGCAUCCAGACGUACAGGCUUUGCUUCAACACUUUGUGUCCAGCUACUUUUUAAUCAGUCUGUUUUCCAGCUUCCUUCUGACCAUAUGAGACACAGGUAAAUGGAUUGCCCUGACAGGCUGGGGAAGCCCAGCUGCUUUUCCCCCAUACACUCCCUCACUAUUCUACCUACUAUACUGCCACUGGCUUUUUUGGUUUAAAUGACAAGAAAGCAACCAAAGUUCCACAACUGGCUGAAAUGCUGGCAUUUAAAUUAAGAGAAGCAUCUAUCAUCUCGACCUCAGUGGUUUUGCUUAAAAUGUAGGUGGAUCCUUACGUAAUAGGCACCAACCUACACAUAGAAAUAAAUACAUCUGUGAAGACAUGGAGGAGUUUGAACCCUGGCUAUAAGCUCUUGAAUGAGUACAGUGUAUGCACUUCAAAGUGUAGAGUAGUGUCUUUGUUGUAGUUUUUCCAACCAAGAGAAAAGAUUGUUGAAAAAAAAAAAAAUUGCCAAAAAAUAAAAAACAAAACAAAACAAAUCACAAAGGAAAACUUUAGCUAGGAAAAGGAUUUCUUACACUGACAAGUCAGCCGCCUUCAUCAGAAGAGAUGUCUGUCAUGGAUAUUGAGAGAAACAGGAGUGCCUAGACCACAGUUAGUCAUUUGGCUCAAAAUGUGCUCAGAGAGCUAUGUCUUCCAGCACCCCACUCUCAUUUCUUCUUGUCUCUUGGCCAGUGUUUUUACUUUGCUUGUAGCUUUGCUGCUCAGCACCCAGCUUAACUUCUGUGUUCCAGCUUAGUUGGCUCUCUUAGCCUCUUCCUGCCUUGCUGCUGAAGCAUACUAGAAGCUUUUAUGCGGUAAUCCAAUGAACUCCUUUUUGCAAAAACAAUCCAGGAGCAAGGUGAGUCUCCCAGGGUAGACAGCAGAGGCACUCAGUCAGACAGAUCCGAUCUCUCUUAAAUGUGACUGGUUUUGUGGGACAUGGAAGGAAGGGGGACAGCAAACGUUAACUUCUGUCACUGUGGAACUGCUGACUCAGCAAGUCCCUGGUCUGUGAUGAGUGACACAUGGACUCAUGGUUUCUAAAAGCUUAUAUUUCAGUUGCAGCUAUAAAAACAAAAACAGAACAACAACUUCAAAACAAGAGUCUAUUUAUCCUCAGACAGACAUCAUACAGUGAACUUACCAUUAGAUGCAUUUACAAGUAGGUUGGACAAAUGUUUUACCAGAUAAAGACAGAUCUGCCAUAAUCAAGAGAACAGCCUGUAAAACCUGUUUUGUAAUGUGAAUCCUAUUUGAUUGCUGGGUAUUGACCGGGAGGAUGCUGGACAUACCUUUGUCUUUUUCCUUUUCUGGUCACUUCAUAUUGUCUUCAGAAUAAUUCAGCUAUGUCUGUUUUCAGUUACUCUGUCCAUAGCAGUUCAAAAUUGGUAUAAGCUACGUAACUGAUAUAAGGGAGUUGGCAUAAACAGAGCCCUGCUUAAUAGCCUACAGUAUGCAGCAAAAUAACAUCAAUGCAAAGACUUGCUAUCACUUCUCUCAAUUAAAUUAAUAGCUGCUUUCAAUUUUUAAGCUAACCACUUAAAAAAUUAGACAAGAAAAGAUGACAACCUAUGGAAGAUAUGACUAGUCACAUUCCCACAUUAACUGUUGGUUAAUAUUUAACUGACUUUUAGAAGUUUUUUAUAAUGAAGAAAGUUGCUACGGAAAAGCCAACCACUGCUGUGUCAUAACAACUGUGACAAAGUAAUGUGCUUCUGAAAGGUUUAAUUUGCAAAGCAGAACAAUGCAAGUCUUAGUUCCUCUCAAAAGGGUGAUCUUUCUUCUCUUAAUAAGUUACAUAUGGGUAUAGAAGUCCUUAUUGAGCUGUUGCAGUUUAAGCAACUGUGAGUGAUAAUAUGGUGAUGACAAUUAAGGCUUAGCAAAUGUAGUAUGCUUGAUAUUCAAUUCAAGUAAAUGGGGAGAGCGGGACCUAAAAAUCCUUUCUGCUUUCUAAAUGCAAAGAAAAUAAUAGUAGUAUAGAAUUCUGACAAAGCUCUGUGUGCCGCUGAAAAAAGGGUGAAACUUGCAUUGGGAUUCUACUUAUGCUGUGGGUCAAGCUGGAUGGCGCUCUGAGCAACCUGAUGUAGCUAUAGGUGUCCCUGUUCAUUGCAGGGGAGAUGGACUAGGUGGCAUACAGAAGUCCCUUCCUUACAAUAUAUACACUGUUUUGUAUACACACACACCAUCUAAGACUAAUGCACUACUGGAGGCAUGCACCAGCACAAUAACUGAGUCUAAUUGGGUAAACAACUCCAAAGCUCCUCGCUACCACCACUUGGGAAGAGGUAUCACAUCCACAUAAUGAGGAGUUACUGGCACUGUGCAUCCAAAAGCCCCAUUUCCACUGAUGCUAAUUCACAUUAGUUUUCUGGUGAGAAGUGGCACUUAGUGUAUGGUUGCUAGCAAACAACAGCACACUAUGAGAGUGAAGAGAGAAAGCAACUAUUUUGUUAUUAUUCCUUUUAUUUUCAUAUAAAUUAACAUUCUAAAAAAAAUUGAAAUAGAAACACUAAAUACAGUAUUGCACAUAGUGAUCUUUGUUAGAUGAUCUAUUAUUUCAUUUAGUAUAAUAUACAUACUGUAGGUACUGAAGGGAACAGGAAGGCUACAAAUGAAAACAUGCUACUGUAUUCUUGCACUUAGGAGCAGAGUUAAGAGGAAAUGACUAGUGUUUACAUAAAUACAAACAUGGAUUUGAAUCAGUGCCAUUAAAAUAGCUUUUUUUUUUUCCCAUAAGUUAGUUGUAACAACAAAUAAUCUCUUCUUCUCACCCCCCCCCCAAAUAGUAAUGUUACUCCCAUCAACACAAAGUUUUAGAACUCCAUUCUCAGUAAUUUAUAUCCCUGACAGAAAUUAUUACAAC